UGACCUCCCCCUCUGCUCGGUUGCAGGUAUUUGGAGACAGGCCCACCCCUGCAGAGAGCGUGAGCCACCUGGAUAUCCUCAUUGACCCCAUCCCUGACAAACACUACAAGGAGACAGAGGACCUGAGUCGCUGGGUGUCUGAGAAGACAGGCCGAGGCCCCCUGGUGGAAGGGUGGCGUAAGGACAGCACCCCCAUCAUGUGCUCCUAUAAGAGGGUGCAGUGCAGUUUCGAAGUCUACGGCCUCCAGGGCAAGACUGAGGACUUCAUACACAGGAACAUCCAGGACAUCCUACUGGUGGGGCACAGACAGGCUGUGGCCUGGACAGACGAAUGGCACGGUCAGUAG